AUGACCUCAUUGAUCCAUAUGGCAAUGUCUCAUCUUGGCCGUCGGCACAAGAAGAUUGUUGCCAAUGGACAUUGGAUAGGAGUCAGCUGUAAUGUUACCGGUCGAGAGUUAAGCUUCAUUGGUAAUGUUGGACUUUGUGGAGUUGACCUCCCAAUAAAUUGCACAAAAAAGGAGGCAUGUCAAGGUUCAACACAUGUUGGUGAAGAUGGAGAUGAGUCUGAGGUGUUUUGGUUCUACAAUGGCAUGGGUAUUGGAUUUGCCCUAAGCUUUUGGGACGUUUGCUGUGUUCUUUUCUUCAAAAAUACUUGGACGCAUGCUGCUUAUUACACGCUUCUUGAUGAAGUAAAGGAUCAGAUCUAUGCAGGUGCAAUGCUGAAGGUGAACUGGUUCCGCAAGAAAGUCGAGUAA